UUCCCUUUGUCGCCUCAUCAAAACAUACUGUAUUCCCUUUAACAAUUGCUGUAUGGCAAGUGUCCUCCACCUGUUUGAUUAUAUUCCUCUUAAAUUUUAUGCAUACUUCCAAGCAAAGAUCAUUAUGAUAUGGUGUUAAAAUCUUAAUACUUUUAAGCCACCUCAAUAUAGGGGAUUUAUGAUUGAUGAUAAGCAUCGUUUUGUCAAAUAUUAUUGUUACUAAUCAAAAUUUGAAUGAAUGAGCUGCCACUAAAGUGCUUAAUCAGCAUUUAUUUUAGGAGGGUUUUACGCUUAAGCAAUUGAAUUUCAUCCUAAACUAGUGCUUUCCCAUCAACUUUAGACCACAUUGAUUAAUUUUCUCAUUCUUGUCCUUUACAAUCAUCUUUAUGAUGAGUGAUGAGCCAUUUUUCAAAAGCUAACCAACGAUGUGUUUCAUUUUUGUCAUUUACACGCUUAGAAAUAUUUAUCCUUUAGGCGAAAAAAUCAAAGUGGAGUUGGUUAAUUGGUUUUAAUUAUUAUAGUUUCUUUGAGCAAAAUUUGAUCUUUCUUCAGAACAGAUGAAAAUACUACUAUAUGCCAUAUUAUUCUUCAGUUUCUUGAAACUAGAUGAAAAGGGAAAAAUAUGUAGAGGGAAAAAUAUGUAGUCGGAGUAUAUAAUGUGUGUUAGUUAAAAAUGUAACGGAUGAUGAUUGGAAAAGGAGGGAAAGAAGGGGUGAAUUUGCGGCCUUGAAAUUGUUACUUUCGGGAGUUUGCUUCAGAAGAGGGAAAUGGGAAAUCCAUUCCCUCUCUUUGCGGUCAAUUUCUUGCAAGAAUGGACUCUCUCUCUAUCUCUCUGUCUUUCUCAUUCAGGAGUAGGAGAAAGUAUUAAUUUUCUGACAUAUUCUUUUUGAGCAGCCAUUUGUUGCAAUAGAAAGACAUAGUCCAAGAAACAUGCCAGGCUUCCAAGUAUUCGGCGGUGAAGAUGUUUCCCUUCUUUCUCAUCCGGACCCUGUUGUGCUAGAGCUCAACAGAUUGCAGAAUCAACUCAAAGAGAAGGAGAGGGAACUGGGAAAAGCUCAAAGUGAAAUUCGAGCACUGAGAGCAACUGAAGCACUGAAGGAUAAGGCUUUGGAGGAGCUUGGAAGUGAAGUCAAAAGGUUGGAAGAGAACCUAAGAUUGAAUGGAAACCAUCUUCAGCAGAAGCGUCUUGACAUCAAGAAGCUCACAGAUGAAAAAAAAGAAGCACUGGCUGCACAAUAUGCAGCUGAAGCAACUCUUAGAAGAGUUUACGCCAAUCAAAAAGAUGAUGAUUCUAUUCCCAUCGAGUUAGUUAUUGCUCCUCUAGAGGCUGAACUGAAGAUUCAUAAGAACGAGGUUGCAGCAUUACAGGAGGAUAAGAGGGCUCUUGAACGUCUUACAAAAUCUAAAGAAGCAGCAUUGCUUGAAGCUGAGAAAAUACUGAGAAGUGCCCUGGAAAGAGCAUUGAUAGUCGAGGAGGUCCAAAAUCAAAAUUUUGAGCUUCGGAGGCAAAUUGAGAUAUGCCAGGAGGAGAAUAAAAUACUUGACAAGACAAAUAGAUAUAAGGUGUUAGAGGUUGAAAAGCUUAGCCAAACCAUUAAAGAACUCGAGGAGGCCAUACUUAAUGGUGGAGUAGCAGCCAACACCAUCCGUGAUUACAAACGACAGAUAUCUGAACUUAAUGAUGAGAAGAGGACUUUAGAAAGGGAACUUGCAAGAAUAAAAGUUUCAGCAAACCGAGUAGCAACAGUGGUGGCUAAUGAGUGGAAAGAUGAGAACGACAAAGUUAUGCCUGUUAAACAAUGGCUAGAAGAGAGGAGGCUGCUGCAGGCAGAGAUGCAGAAGUUAAAAGACAAAUUAGCAAUCUCAGAGAGAGCUGCCAAGGCAGAGGCGCAACUCAAGGAUAAGUUGAAGUUGAGGCUGAAGACAAUCGAAGAAGGCUUAAAGAAUGCAUCUUCGUUCUCUAUCAAUACUAACGGAUCCCACAAGGAUGCAAAGUCUAGCAACUUCUUCGGAAUCCUGUCAAGUAAUACCAGAGCAAAGAUGAGAUCCAUGUCACAACCUAGGGGAUCUACCAUCACUAAAAGCGCAAUGCAGAUGCUGGAUGAAAAACAGGCGGCGGUAAAUGCUGAAACGAAGCCCAUCAAUAGCUUGAAGAAGAAAAAUCCCAUAUCUGAAAGUUUGUCAAAAAAGAGUCUGUGGGCUUCUCGAAACAAGGUUACUGGCAAUAGUGGAAAGGAAAAUGCAGAGACGAACAAGAAUGCCAUGGUCAAUGACAAGAUACAGAAAAAAGACGAUGUUGUAGAAAUGGGAAACACAACAGGUAUAACCGGUUGCAACAAUGAUAUGAAAGGUUUGGAGAUAGCUGAUAUAGAUGGUGAAGAUAUGGUAUCGGGAGUUUUGUACGACAGGCUUCAGAAAGAAGUUAUACAUUUGAGGAAGUCCUCUGACUUGAAAGACCUGACUCUGCACUCUAAAGAUGAAGAAAUCAAGUUGCUUAUGAAGAAGGUCGAAACACUGGCUAGAGCCAUAGAAGUGGAGUCCAAAAAAAUAAAGAGAGAAGCAGCAAUAAGAGAGAAGGAUUCAGCAUUGGUAAAGCUGGAUGAGAAGAAAAGGAGCCCAAACUCAUCCAAAAGGUCUGUGAAUGCCUCUUGAAGAUACAUUUCUGGGAAUGAGGAAGUCUCUAGAACAAUAGACAUGGUUUGAAGAUCUGUGAUGUAAAUAGGCAGCUUCAUUUGCAUGAAUGCAAGACAGCAGAAAGAAUCUUAGAGCUGUGAAAUGGUGAGUGCUUAGCUACUAGCUAGGUUCAUGAAUUGUAGGGUGUGAUUCUUCCCAUAAUUUAUCUGAUUUUCCUGUAUAUAUUUGUACAAAACUAUUUUCCCCAGCAGAUCAUUCUAUAUACUAUUUGUUUAUUUA